AUGGCCUCUCCUCCUUUGGAUUGCUCAAUAGAAGAAGUCGAGCGUCUUCAGAGCUCACUGAAGGAGGCUUUGCGUGAAAAGUAUGAGGCCGCACAAUAUGGAUUAAAGUUAUUGGAAGAAAAGGAGAGUCUACAGUCUAAACUGGAAGAAUCUGAAGAAAAACUCGUCCACCUAAUGCGUGAUGAGCUUCAGCGAAAAAUAAGCCAGGCAGGAUUCCAGGAGGAGGAUGACCUGCUUAGCCGGUCUGCCAAUCGUGAAGAACAGCUUUCGCACCGCAUUAAAGAUCUCGAGCACGAUUUAAAAUCUACCAAAAAUCAGAUGGCGGAAAAUGAUAAAUUACAUCAGAUUAUGAAGGAUCUUCAGGCAAAAUAUGACAGCGUUGAGAAGAUACGACAGGACUUAAAGCAGGAAAUGAAAGGGAUGAAAUCCAAGGAGGCUCAACUGCUAAGUGAAUUAGACGAACUCGAAUCAGAAAACUUGGAAUUGCAAAAGAACGUGCUAGCUUUGAAGACCAGUCAGAUUGAAUUUGAAAGUCUUAAACACGAACUGAAGCGAGGCCAGGAGGAAAAUGACUUAAUCCAUGUUCAGCUAGAGGAAGUCACUAGACUAAAGCGUAUUACAGAGAAGUCUCUAGAAGAGGCCCUAGAAUCCUUACAAAUCGAGCGUGAGCAGCGCCACAAUUUAAAAAAGGAACUUGACAGUCGCUUGGCGUACGAAUCUUUUUAUCACCUGAACUCCAUUCAAAAUGGCUUAGCUCAAGUGUCCCAGUCUCAACUACUCAAUCAGACCAAUUCAAGGAACAACCUCCUUUCGGAGUUGCAAACUAGCGAACUGACCCAGUUCAAGGCCGAGCUUGCAGAGCUCCAACGCAAGCUGGAGGAGGCUCAACGCUCCGCCGAGGUGGCGUCAAGUGAAGUGACGAGCAAACAGGAGCGUAUCACCCAACUGCAGACCGAGCUAGACAUCAUCAUGGGCGUCCAGCGUCGAGCGGACGCCGAAUUCGAGGCGAAAAACGAGGCCAACGGCGCUGACACCGCUGAUGAUGACCUCGGGUCGAGGCGGGCGCUGCGCCAAGCCGAAACGCGUUACUCGGUGGCUCUUCGGCAGAUCGCCAGCAUGCAGCACGACCUCUGGCGUUACCAGGAGCUGGAGAGGAUGAAUGCGGAUCCCGCACUCACCGACGACAAGGGCCUCAAAGCGGAGGUGCUGCGUUUGCGCGAGCAACUCGAGAAGAAGGCGAGUGACAUUAAAAAACUCGAGGACAGGAUCGAUAAUGGAGCCGUGGAGGCCCAGGAGAUCGGGCUCAAGUCGGCCAGUGUCUCCUCUUCCCUUCGCGUUGGCUUCUCGGAGCUGCUGAAACUCUAUAUGCUCAUUUGUGCUGAAAUCAAGGAAACGCCAUCCAAACAGGUAGCAUCCCAGGAUGUUGAGGAGUUGCAGGCGGAGAUACUCUCGUUGAAGUCCAAGUUGAGCACCAAAAGGGACCAGGUGAUUGCUCUGCGCGACGUCCUGAAGGCCAACAAGACCACCGCGGAGACGGCUCUGGCGAAUUUGAAGCAGAAGUACGAGAACGAGAAGAUGAUAGUCACUGACACCAUGCGUGGUCUGCGCUCGGAGUUGAAGGUGCUCAAGGAGGACGCCGUCACGUACGCCUCGAUUCGCGCCAUGUUCGCCCAGAAGCACGACGAAUUCGUCACGCAGAUGGACGAGCUUCAACAGAAGCUCAAUAGCGCAGAAGACGAGAAACGCACGCUGAACUCGUUGCUGCGUCUGGCAAUCCAGCAGAAACUCCACCUCACCCAACGCCUUGAGGAGUACGAGGUGGCGCAGAUCACUCCCGACUCGGCGUCGGCUCGCUACCCAGCCGCCCCGGUAAGAAUCUUUUCUUGUGCCACACACACACACACACACACGAGGCUUGCGAUUUCCGCUGAGUUGCGAUCGGUGGGUCAUAUAGCGCCCAUGAACUUAUUCCUACCCCAUCGACACUUUUUACAGACCUCCACAGCCUCCUAUUCCACCAAACCCAUCGACAGCGUCUAG